AUGCAAGACCAUAUUGGCAUCCCUGCUUGCUUUUCAUCAAGUGAGAAGCUGAGUGAUGAUGCUUCAGCUGUAACUAGGUCAGGCCACAGUGUUUACAUGUCUGUGUACAGAGCCAAGAUUGCUGAUCAGUGCCGCUUGAUCACAAUCACAUGGUGCAAGAACUUGUUGCUCCAUGGCCUAUCUGUAUCUCUUGAAGGCCCAGAUGGAGAAAACCAGCAGACCUGCAAAGUUGAGCUCAAGCCAUGGUACUUUUGGAGAAAACAAGGCUCCAAGCGCUUUGUAGUUGAUGGCAAAGCAGUUGACAUCUUCUGGGACCUCAAGUCUGCAAAAUUCAAUGGUGGGACAGAGCCCAAGUCAGAGUAUUAUGUAGCAGUUGUUUGUGAUGAAGAGGUUGUGUUGCUUCUCGGUGAUCUCAAGAAAGAUGCAUAUAGGAAGACAGGGUACAGGCCUGCUCUGAUUGAUCCCACUUUGGUUUCAAAAAAAGAACACAUCUUCGGCAAGAAAAAGUUCUCCACAAAAGCCAAGUUUUAUGAGAAAGGCAGGCUUCAUGAAAUUGCAAUUGAGUGCAAGAACAGAGCUGGGAGCAUCAGCAAUGGCAAUUCAUUAAAUGGGGUUGAGCCAGAAUUGGAGAUUAGGGUAGAUGGGCAUUUGGUAGUUCAUGUUAAGCACCUUCAGUGGAAAUUCAGAGGUAAUGAGUCCAUUCAUAUCAACAAGUUAAGAAUUGAGGUUUAUUGGGAUGUCCAUGACUGGCUUUUUAGUCCUGGUUUGAGGCAUGCAUUGUUUAUUUUCAAGCCAGUUUUGCCUUCCAGUACAUCUCUCUCACCACUGUCCAGGUCAUCAUCUUCCUCACCGCCAUUUUCUUCCCUGUCAUCCACUCCAUUGUCGUCCCAGACCAGUUUAGGGUCAGUAGAAGGGCUUAAUGCAAGUGGAUCAUCUGAGUUUUGCUUGUUUCUCUAUGCCUGGAAGGUUGAAUGA